CACAGGCAGCAGCGGCAUCAAGAUCACACGUGUGGUGGUGCCGGCGCGGCUGGAGGUCGGUGGACAAGGGGACUUGGACUGCUCGUGGGAGGAGGACACCGACCACAUGUACUCCAUCAAGUGGUACCAGGGAGCCCACGAGUUCUACCGCUACACCCCCACCUUCCGCGACCCCAUCCAGGUCUUCGACCCCCCAACACUCGAUGUCGAUCUGGAGAAGUCUUGGGGCGGGAGUGUGAGGAUCGCCAACGUCAGCCUGGGAGCCGAGGGCCCCUUCCACUGUGAGGUGUCCGCCGACGGGCCCACCUUCCACACCGCCUCCGACUCCGCCUCCCUCACCGUAGUAGACCUUCCUGACGGCGUGCCGGUGAUCAAGGGCGUCAGGAGCCACUACCUGCCCGGGAGCUGGGUCGACCUCACCUGCACCUCCUUCAGGUCCAAGCCCGCAGUGCGCCUCUCCUUCGUCAUCAACACACAGCCCGUGUCCCCCGGAUGGUUGGAGCCGCAGUCAGACCAGACGGACGAGGAGGGCCUCACAACAUCGUCACUGCGGCUGCGGUUCUCGUUGCGGCCGCGGCAGUUGGAGGAGGGUGAGGUGCGGGUGGAGUGCAUCUCUGAGAUUCCCGGCGUGUACCGUGAGAGCUCGCAAGACGUCCUCAGCACCAGCCCGCCCUACCAUGCCUCCGUCAGGGGCGGUAGUGCUGCGCCAGGUACCCGUGUGUGGCCAAGCCCGCUGGCUCUCGCUCUCUCUCUGCUCCUCCUCGCACCCAUUGCCACUCACCCACUCCUCUGAGGGCCUCCACAUUGCCCCGAUGCCCUCACCCACCCGACAUCCA